AUGAAAAUGAGCCUUUCAAUCUCUUCAUCACACCUUACUCUCACCUCUCUCAUCUUUCUCUCCUUUUCUAUUGCAAUUUCCAUCCCUAUCCAAAACAACUUCCUUCAAUGCCUUUCCUCCCAUUUUCCAACUCCUUCCACAGACUCCCAACUCAUCUACACUCCAAACACAUCCUCCUACACUUCCAUCCUCCAAUCUUCCAUCCAAAACCUCAGGUUCCUGGGCCCCACAACCCCAGAACCUCUCUUCAUCAUCACACCCACAAAUUCAUCCCACAUCCAAGCAUCCAUCAUCUGCUCCAGAACUCAUGGCCUGAACAUCAGAGUCAGAAGUGGGGGCCAUGACUAUGAAGGGCUAUCCUAUGUACACUUCAACAAUGCCUCAUUCAUCAUCAUCGACCUCGUCGACCUCCGAUCGAUCACUGUUGAUCUUGAAAAUCAAACAAUGUGGGUCCAAUCUGGCGCAACGGUUGGUGAAGUCUACUACCAGAUCAUGCAAAUGAAUGGUUCGCUUGCAUUCCCGGCAGGGAUCUGCUCCACCAUGGGCGUUGGUGGACACUUUGGCGGUGGCGGGCUAGGAACCAUGAUGAGGAAACAUGGCCUCGCCGCGGAUAACAUCUUUGAUGCCUACUUGAUCGAUGCCGAUGGACGGCUCCAUGAUCGAAAAUCCAUGGGUGAGGAUCUGUUUUGGGCCAUUAGAGGGGGUGGUGCAUCGAGCUUCGGUGUAAUUCUCUCUUGGAAGAUCAAGCUGGUGCAUGUCCCACCUACUGUGACUGUUUUCACUAUCUCCAAGACCUUGGAACAAGGUGCAACCAAGCUUGUGGAAAGAUGGCAAUCCAUUGCAGACAAAUUCAGUGAAGAUCUCUUCAUCAGACUUAUCAUCCAACCAAAGGGUGUAGUGGGCCAAACAUCAAGGACAGUAAAAGUCCUAUUCAAUUCCUUGUUUCUUGGGACUGUGGAAGAACUCCUACCCAUGAUGGGAAAGAACUUUCCUGAAUUGGGUUUGGAGCAAAAGGACUGUUUGGCAAUGUCUUGGAUUGAAUCAGUCCUAUAUUUUGCAGGACUCCCAUAUGGGCCAGGACACUCCAUAGAUGUCCUAUUGGAUAGAGGACUCCAGGAGAAGGUCUUCUACAAAGGUAAAUCUGACUUUGUGGAGGAACCCAUUUCUCAAAUUGGUUUGGAAGGGAUUUGGGAGAGGGUGUUGGAGGAGGAGAACAUGUACAUGAUCAUGGACCCUUUGGGUGGCAGGAUGAGUGAGAUAUCAGCGGCUGAGAUUCCUUUCCCAUAUAGGAGAGGGUAUUUGUACAAUAUACAAUACAUGGUUAGAUGGGGGGAAAGAGAUGCUGGUGAGGGGUCGAAGAAGCAUAUAGAUUGGAUUAGGAGGCUGUAUGAGUACUUGGGCCCACAUGUUUCAAGUUCUCCAAGGGGUGCUUAUCUCAACUAUAGGGAUCUUGAUUUGGGAGUGAAUGAGGAAGGUAACCAAAGCUAUUCAACGGCUAGGAUUUGGGGUAGCAAGUAUUUCAACGGUAACUUUAAGAGAUUGGCACGAGUGAAGGGUGUGGUGGACCCCACUAAUUUCUUCAGGUCUGAGCAAAGCAUUCCACCUCUUGUUGGGAUGGAAGAGGAGAUAGAGUAGCUAGCAUUGGUUUGAAUUUGUGGUGUCGAUCCUGCUCAUCAGCAAAUGCCCCAUUGGUUCUAUGAUCUGAACCGUUAAUCCGAUCAGCCAAAUUGUGGAUGAGGGAAAACCCCUAAGUCCCCUAGAUUGGGACAUAAUAAAGCUUUGAUAUUUGGUCUUAUUUCCAACGUUUAGGACGCUCUAAUCUAGGAGUGCCGUUGGAUCAGAGGUUUGGAUCACUGAACUGUGGGGCCCAUGUAGGAAAACUGUAUAUGAGCAAAAAUAAUGCAGGUUUGAUGAUUGA